UAAACACUCGAGCCCCCGCCCCGUGGUGUACCAAGCCCUAAAAUGGCCAAGGAGGGGUGGGUGCCGUGGGCAUGCGCGGAAGGGUACCUGCAGAGGGGAUCUGAACCUCCCCAGAACGGAAGUCCCCGAGCCUUCAAAGCCGCGGGGAAGUAACUCGGCAACGGACCAAGAUGGCGGCGCCCAGCGAGGGGACAGCGUUUGCUGCGGGGAUUGAAAAGACUUGGGGUGCAGUUGUUCGCUCCCCAGAAGGGACUCCCCAGAAAAUCCGGCAGCUGAUAGAUGAGGGGAUUGCCCCGGAAGAAGGAGGCACUGAAGCGAAAGAGACAUCAGCCACAUUCCAGUCAGUUAAUGGAUCACCCCAAACAGAACAGCCACCAUUGGAAUCUACAAGCAAAGAAGCCUUCUUUAGCAGAGUGGAAACAUUUUCUUCUUUGAAAUGGGCAGGUAAGCCCCCUGAGCUGUCUCCACUUGUCUGUGCAAAAUAUGGCUGGGUCACAGUUGAAUGUGAUAUGCUCAAGUGCUCCAGCUGUCAAGCUUUUCUCUGUGCCAGUUUACAACCAGCUUUUGAUUUUGACAGAUAUAAGGAGCGAUGUGCUGAGCUGAAGAAAGCCUUGUGUACUGCCCAUGAGAAGUUCUGUUUCUGGCCAGAUAGCCCCUCUCCAGAUCGAUUUGGGAUGUUGCCAUUGGAUGAGCCUGCUGUUCUUGUUAGUGAAUUCCUAGAUCGGUUUCAAAGCCUUUGUCACUUGGACCUUCAGCUUCCUUCCCUGAAGCCAGAGGACUUGAAAACUAUGUGCUUUACAGAAGAUAAGAUCAGUCUUCUCCUGCACCUACUUGAAGAUGAACUUGACCACGGAACUGAUGAGAGAAAAACUGCCACCAAAUUAGGCUCAGAUAUCCAAGUCCACGUCACUGCCUGUAUUCUCUCUGUGUGUGGCUGGGUAGCAUGUAGUUCUUCCUUGGAACCCAUGCAGCUCUCCCUGAUAACGUGUUCACAUUGUAUGAGGAAAGUGGGGCUCUGGGGCUUCCAGCAGAUUGAGUCAUCCGUGAUCGACCUGGACACAUCCUUUGUCCUGACCAGCUCCCCCUCUGGCCCUGAGGGGCGGCCGGAGCGCUUCCUCUUGGUGCCCGAGUCUCCUCGGAGGAUGAUGACUCGGAGCCAGGAUGCCUCGUCUUCCCCAAGUUCAGAGCAGGCUGAAAGGAGCCCAGGACCCAUCUUCUCUCGAACUCGGAGCUGGGACUCUUCCAGUCCUGUUGACCGCCCUGAGCCAGAAGCCGCUAGCCCCACCACCAGGACCCGCCCAGUGACCCGGAGCAUGGGAACAGGAGACACCUCUGGCCUGGAAGUGCCAUCCAGUCCUCUUCGGAGAGCCAAACGAGCCCGCUUCUGCUCGUCCAGCAGCUCGGACACGUCUUCACGAAGCUUCUUUGAUCCCACCUCUCAACAUAGAGACUGGUGCCCUUGGGUGAAGAUCACACCUGGCAAGGAAACCAGGGAGAAUGGUGGAACUGAGGACGAUGCCAGCACCCUGGCAGAGCCAGGCUGGAAGGCAGUGCUGAACAUCCUUCUGGCCCAUAAGCAGUCUAACCAGCCAACUGAAACAGAUGCCCUGAGUCUGUCUGAGAAAUCAAGGAAAGUAUUCCGGAUAUUCCGGCAGUGGGAAUCCUUAUGCUCAUCCUGAAGCUAUCCCAGCCCUUCCUGGAGAGAAGUGGAAUGAGUGACGUUGAAAAAUAAAGCCUGCAUCUCCUUGGAUCAGCGGAUGCCAAGUCUUUCUCUGUUUGGUUUAAUCGGAAGGAGCUCCUGCCCUUUCAGAGGCACUGAGUGUCACCGUCUGCAUCGGACUGAGGGGAACCCGUUCCCACACGGGGAUGUGGACCUGAUGGGCACAGCAAACCUGGCUCCAUGGAACCAGACGGAGGGCCAAGUACAUGAGCACUUUCAGUGUCUUUAGUGUGAGGCAGUGUUUUAAGGACUCAUAUAUCCCAAGAAUAUGACUGUGUUAAUAAAUUUUUGGUAAAAUUUUUAUGCUGGA